GCAGCUCAGGUUGACAGUGACUAGUCCCAGUGCAAGGGAAGUGCAAGGAAAGGGAUGAGCCUUUAAAGUUCGGGGCUUCAUCUCAUUGCAGGGAAUUUGAAAAGAAGAAGAAAAAGAAGAAGAAGAAGGGGAAAGAAAAAAAAAAAAAAAGGAGCGAGGAAGGAAAAGUCCCGCAAUCUAAAACUUGCAUAUAGCGCAGGGAUAGCGCGAAGCCUUCAGUUGCGGCCAACUUCCCCGGAGCUGUUUUUUAUUUAUUUUUUUAUUUUCCCUUCUUCUUUUUCCCUCCGCCUCCCCUGCCUUUUUUUUUUUUUUUUUGCAGAAAGAGAAGAGGAGUCCUGCUGUUCUUUCUUUCCGCUUUUCUCACCCAAUUCCGAGUCCGCGCUUUCUUUUUUCCUUAGCCGCCUCUCCCCCUCCCUCCCUCCCUCCCGCCCCCCCCCAGUUCACCCCCCCCCCGAUGCCAACCAUGAUAGAAAAGGGCCCAGAGGUCUCGGGGAAAAGAAGGGGUAGGAACAAUAAUGCCAGCGGCGCGGCCAACGCUUCCAACAGCGCCUCCGCCAGCGCCAACAACGCUAACAAUGGGAAUAAUAAAAGUUUGGCAGCGGCAGCAGCGCCCAAUGGGAAUAGCAGCAGCAACAACUGGGAAGAAGGCAGCUCCGGCUCUUCCAGCGAUGAGGAGCACGGAGGAGGAGGAAUGAGAGUGGGACCCCAGUAUCAAGCGGUUGUUCCUGACUUUGAUCCUGCUAAACUUACCAAGCGAUCUCAGGAGAGAGAGAAUCUCGGGAUGCUGGUUUGGUCACCCAAUCAGAAUAUUUCAGAAGCAAAAUUGGAUGAAUACAUUGCUAUUGCAAAAGAAAAACAUGGGUACAACAUGGAACAGGCCCUUGGGAUGCUAUUUUGGCACAAACAUAACAUUGAGAAAUCCCUGGCAGAUUUACCCAACUUCACCCCCUUCCCAGAUGAGUGGACGGUUGAAGACAAAGUAUUGUUUGAACAAGCUUUCAGUUUCCAUGGGAAAACUUUUCAUCGAAUUCAGCAAAUGCUUCCUGACAAAUCAAUAGCAAGCUUGGUAAAGUUUUACUACUCCUGGAAAAAGACAAGAACCAAAACAAGUGUCAUGGAUCGUCAUGCACGAAAGCAAAAAAGAGAAAGGGAAGAAAGUGAGGAUGAAAUGGAAGAAGCAAAUGGAAAUAACCCUAUUGACAUUGAAGUUGAACAAAACAAGGAGAGCAAAAAAGAGAUCUCUCCUUUGCAGAUUCCUCCCGUGGAAACAAUUCCUCAGGUAAAGAAAGAAAAGCACAGUACCCAGGCUGCUAAGAACAGGGCCAAGAGGAAACCUCCCAAAGGAAUGUUUCUCUCUCAGGAAGACGUGGAAGCCGUGUCUGCCAACGCAACUGCUGCCACCACUUUGCUCAGGCAACUGGAUAUGGAGCUCGUCUCCAUCAAGCGACAGAUUCAAAAUAUCAAACAAACAAACAGCUCUCUGAAAGAGAAACUUGAAGGGGGAAUAGAGCAAUAUAGGUUACCAGAGGUAACAUUGAAAUUUAAUGCACGCUGGACCACAGAUGAACAGCUUCUUGCAGUGCAAGCAAUCAGGAAAUAUGGUCGUGAUUUUCAAGCAAUCUCUGAUGUCAUUGGAAACAAAUCUGUAGUGCAAGUGAAAAACUUUUUCGUAAAUUAUCGGCGGCGUUUUAACAUAGACGAAGUCCUACAGGAGUGGGAAGCUGAGCAUGGGAAGGCUGAGACAAAUGGAACCAGUACACAGAAACCUGUCAAAUCCCCAGAUAAUACUAUUAAAGUAUCUGAAGAAGAAGAUGAGGCUACUUCAGUUUUGGAUGUCAGAUAUUCAUCCACUUCAUGAAAAACUCAGGUAGCCUAGAACAAUGUUAUGUUUGACUACUGUGUUAUCUGAAAUAUCAGAUAUUAGCAAAACUUCGGACAGCCAUCUGCAUCAUAACUCUAUGGACAAGCAGCUAUUACCAAAAAAAAAAGAAAAGGAAAGAAAGAAAGAAAGAAAGAAAGAAAGAAAGAAAGAAAGAAAGAAAGAAAGAAAGAAAGAAAGAAAGAAAGAAAGAAAGAAAGAAGACAGAUCACAAAUAUGGGCAAAUACUUCUGUUCCUGUUCUGUAUUUGCCUUAACUUUCUCCUCAAUCUUCCCAGCCAACCACGAUCCAAUUUUUGCAACUCCUGGAACAAGCUCUCAGUUUUCAAUACCAUCAAGGUUUAAAGCAUCAGUGACUUCUUGAACCAUCUACAUCCCUCUCUGUAAACUUCAGUUAGCCAACCUGGCUCCUUGUCAUGCUCACAAGUUACCUCCUGACAGCAGGGGCAUUUCUAAAACAUACUCUGUAGUAAGAUAAUAGUAUGCAUUUCUAUAUGCCCUUAUAUGAUUUAAACUUAUUUUUUAUGAUAUAAUCAUUGCUGAUAAGGUAACCUUUUAUUUUAUUUUUUUAAUGAGUGAGUUUUCUGUUAAGAAAAGUAUUGUGUCUAUGCUGAUUAAUUCUUUCCAAAGUGAUGUUCUUGGAGGCACACUGUGGGGAAAGCUGUGCUAGUUGGUCUAGUACUCAUUUGAAAUUAAUGAUGGGGGGAGGGGGGAUGUGAUUUUCAGAAUAGAAAACAGAUUUUUCCUGUGUCUUAAUUCUGUUCUUAUAGUCAACUCCUCCUUAGAAAGCUCACAGAUAUUAAUUGUGAUUUUUAUUAUUAUUAUAAUAAUGAACUUUUUUAUUUAGUGCAAAAGGGAAUGUGCAGUGUGUAACCUUGCUUUGAUUCUAUAUAUGCAUAUACUUUCCAUUCAGUGGACUUGCAUUAUUAUCUGUAGGUGAGUAGCAAAAUAAGUGACUUGAUUGGAUAUCCAGGGGUUUAAGACAUAGCAACAGCUUGUUCUAAUUUGAGGUGCUUUUAGACUGCUGCAUUGGGGACCUCGUGUUCUAUUGAGGUGAGUGGAAGCUACCUCUUAGCUUUCCAUAGUUAAUUGCUGGUCUGGAUGUGAGCUUAGUAGCAGUAAUCACAAACCCAAAAUAGAGUGCAUCAGUUCUUAAAAUGCUUGUUGGCAAGUAUUCUUCCAGUCAUAUAUUUUAUUCCAUUUACACCCAACCCAUGGCUCUCCUCAGAUGACUCCAGGCAUUUGGCUUUGAAAGCAUAGGAUGUCCAUUCUUCUGAAAGAUGCACAGAUGUGGGUUUUUUUAAUCAGUGAGUUAGUUCUAACAAUAGAAAGUUAAGCUAGUAUUUUAAUUGGGCAUGCAGCAAUAUUUUUCCCCACAUUGACUUUGGUAUCUUCUCAACUCAAAUGCACAAAUCAGAUAAAAAUGAUCUUGUAACUACGGUUACUUUUGAGUUCCUGAAGACAAUGUGUGAAAUAAUUUACCCCUAGCAAGUGAUCUAACAAUUAACAGCUGCAAAAAAUCUUUCCUUCACUCACAGCUUAUUAUGUUAGGGCUUGGAUUGACUCAAUUAGGAUUGACUCACCUAUU